AAAUAUGUCUACGGACCUUCUCUAUGAAUAUUUCUAUCCACCUACCGAUUUAUUCAAAAAUACUUUUGAAGACGUACCACCAUCUCCUGAGUCUCUGGACGUUGGUGAUUCGUUAGGAUCAUCUCCAUCUUACGAUCUUGGAUUCCAACCAUCAUUCGAUAUUGACUUCUGCAUUUGGAAAGAGGGAUCUUCAUCACCUCCACCGGAAUCGAAUCAUCUCCCAGAGAUUGUAAAUAAAGCUUCAACAUCUCCACGUGGAAUGCCAUCUCCAUUAACUGACAGUCGAAGUUGUCAUGUCUGUUCAUCUCCCACUGCCAAUACUCUACAUUUUGGAGGUCGUUCUUGUAAGGCAUGUGCAGCAUUUUUCCGAAGAAGUGUUUCAAUGUCAAUGACUUACGAAUGCAUUGGCACUGGAGAUGACACAAAUCCGUGUAGAACCCAUUACGAGCUCAGAAUGAUAUGCCGUCACUGUCGGUUCAUCAAAUGUUUAGAUGCCGGAAUGCGCAGAGAACUGGUGCAAGCGAGAAAAGAAGAGACGAGAGUUGCAAAACGACGUUCCAAGGGAUUGGUUGUAUCGAAAAAGGAAGAUGACGAUGUUGAAUCUUCGUAUGAUGAGUAUGUAAAUACAUAUACAAAUGUUCAAGAUUCGAGCCCGAAAAUGGAAUCAGGGAUUAAUGAAAUGACGAUUCCUGAGUCAUACCUUUCACCGGAUCCUUCAUCUUCUCAACCACUUGAUAUGACAGUAACACCUCCACCACUGCACCGUUCAACUCCAUCCAUACUUCUUACUCCAGCAACUGGUGACCGUAUGCACUGUCAACGUGUGCUUUCCAAUUCUCCUCCAUUCGAUAUACACCAGGCAAGCACCAGCCAUGCAGGAUUUAUUCAACAUGUACAGUUCUACCCAGUCGUUGAAGUUGAAAAUAAAAUUUUCGAAUUAGUUGAUCAUUAUGUAAGAACAGAAGCUUCAUUGAAUGAUCGAAGGAAAAUAAUGUACACGGAUACUCAGAUAAGAGAUGUUUUCGAUACAACUUGUGAAUGUCCCUACGAAAAUCAUCAGCUGAAACCUUUCAACUAUAAAUCAUUUUGCGGAUUUGUAAAGCACGACUUUGUUAUGAUUCUUGAUUACGUGAAUCAAUUUCCGGAGUUUCAAGCUUUACACAAAAAUGACAAAAAUGUGGUCUAUCGAAUGGCUUGCGCCGUAGAUUCAAUGCUUGCAUCUGCCUAUUAUAGCUAUAAAGUUGGAAUAGAAAAAGAACGUCUAAUACUUUUCAAUGGUGACUAUAUCAAUAUGAAUCCGAUUCCAAUAAGUGGAGAUGAGCCAGGCGCGGGAACAGAGUUUCAAACCCCGCAAGAACAUGAAAAGUACAAAACCCUAAUGCCACUGAAGCUAAAACAAUAUUUCGAUCUGGCAAUUCCGUUCGCUCGACUAGAAGUCUCAUUUGAAGAAUACGUACUUCUGAAAGCUCUCAUAAUUUGGCAAAUCAGUAACUAUCGGUUACUAGAGGAGGGACGAGCAAUUUGUGCACGGCAACGAGACACAAUAGUUCAAGCCUUGCAUAAAGUAGUUGAAGAACGAGGUGAUGAGGAUCCAGCUAUUCGAGUUGGUCAGCUUCUUCUGAGCAUGAGCUAUAUAACGGAGCAAGUACAAGCAAUGACAAACUCUUACCUUGUAAUGACUUUCUUUGAUGUUGUAUCCUGUGAUAGUAUAAUGUACGACUUACUAUCUUUCAGAGACGACUGAAACAACCAUCGUGAAGGUUCUACUUCAUUCAUCUGACUUUUAACGACUAUUAACUUACAUAGCUUUAUCGCGUAGCUUUUGUAUUUAAAAUUGUGACAUUUUGUUUAUAUUCUGUGAUUUUCUUUUUUUGCCAUAUUCGUUCAAACUCUCAAUUCAGAUCUUUCAA